UGCACGCGCACAUAUUCUCACUUGGGCGGUAUUCCGCGUCGACCGUGCUUUUGGAUUUUCCUUUCUUAUUUUCUUACUCCCUUUUCUCUCCCCCCAUUGAAAAAGAAAGAGAGAUAGAGGGCGCAAAGAAAUCAAAAGCGAGGACCUAGCGAGUUUUUUUAGCUCCUUGUCAUUUCUUUGAACUCUUCUCCACUCUUAAACCCACUCUCAUUUUCACCGACCCCCUAAUUCUCUCUCUGUUUUUUGUUAUUUUGUCUUUCAGAAGUGCAAAUUAGGGUUCCGAGCUAUCAAGAUUCUUGCGAUUCACUCUUUGAUCGGUUUUACUGCACUGCCAAAAAAGUUGGGCGUGCAGUGUAGGUUACGAGGCGUCCUUUUCAAGUUUUUCUUGUGAUUUCUAUUCGAUCAUGUCUGGGGAUUCUGUGGCAAACCUUUCCAAUGGAAAUGCGAAUACACAGCAGUCUGAUCCACGGAAGACUUACCAAGUGGUUGUGGCUGCGACUAAGGACAUGGGUAUUGGGAAAGAUGGGAAGCUACCAUGGAAAUUGCCUUCGGAUCUUAAGUUUUUUAAGGAUUUGACCUUGACUACGAUGGAUUCUGGUAAGAAGAACGCGGUUAUCAUGGGAAGGAAGACGUGGGAAAGUAUUCCACUCGAGCAUAGGCCUCUUCCUGGCCGGCUUAAUGUUGUUUUGACACGUUCUGGGAGUUUUGAUAUUGCUACUGCUGAGAAUGUUGUGAUUUGUGGAAGCAUGGGUUCUGCAUUGGAGUUGUUGGCUGCGUCCCCUUAUUGUUUGUCGAUCGAGAAAGUGUAUGUUAUAGGAGGUGGUCAGAUAUUAAGAGAAUCUUUGAAUGCGCCUGGAUGUGAUGCUAUCCACAUUACAGAAAUUGAGACGGAUUUUGAUUGCGAUACUUUUAUCCCUGCAAUUGAUACCUCUGUAUUUCAGCCCUGGUACUCUUCUUUUCCCAAGGUGGAAAAUGACAUACGACAUUGCUUUACAACUUAUGUUCGAGUGAGAAGUUCUACAAUUGAAUCCCAUAGUCAAAACAAUGGUGAGAACUCUGAUGGUAAUUCAGAAAAUAGUAAAUUUGAGGUAAAGAAGUUCUCAUUCCUUCCCAAGAUGGUAUUUGAGAGGCAUGAGGAGUAUUUAUAUCUCAGAAUGGUUCAAGACAUCAUCUCGGAUGGGAAUUUGAAGGAUGACAGGACAGGAACUGGUACUCUAUCAAAAUUUGGUUGCCAGAUGCGAUUCAAUCUGCGCAAAAAUUUUCCACUUCUUACAACAAAGAAAGUAUUUUGGCGAGGCGUUGUUGAAGAACUCCUGUGGUUCAUCAGUGGUUCAACAAGUGCCAAGGUCCUUCAGGAAAAGGGCAUUCACAUAUGGGAUGGCAAUGCAUCCAGAGAGUACCUUGACAGUAUUGGGUUAAAGGACAGAGAGGAAGGUGACUUGGGACCUGUAUAUGGGUUCCAGUGGAGGCAUUUUGGUGCUAGGUAUACUGAUAUGCAUGCUGACUACACUGGUCAGGGAUUUGACCAGUUGUUAGAUGUUAUUGACAAGAUUAAGAAUAAUCCAAAUGAUCGCCGGAUUAUAAUCUCAGCUUGGAAUCCUUCUGAUCUCAAAUUGAUGGCGCUUCCACCUUGCCACAUGUUUGCUCAGUUCUACGUAUCCAAUGGAGAAUUAUCAUGCCAAAUGUACCAGCGUUCUGCUGACAUGGGCCUUGGUGUGCCCUUCAACAUUGCAUCUUAUGCUCUCCUGACAUGCAUCAUUGCUCAUGUCUGUGAUCUCAUUCCAGGCGAUUUUGUUCAUGUGAUUGGUGAUGCUCAUGUUUAUCACACUCAUAUCAGGCCUCUGCAGGAGCAGCUUCGGAAACUUCCAAAGCCUUUCCCAAUUUUGAAGAUCAAUUCUGAGAAGAAAGACAUAGAUACUUUUGUGGCAGCUGAUUUCAAGCUCAUAGGGUAUGAUCCUCACCAGAAAAUUGAAAUGAAAAUGGCGGUAUAGAGCUCCGCUCCAUUAAUGAUUUAGUGUAAUUGGAGACUCUGAUCCCUCCUCGGCAAAACAUGCUCGUAGUUUUGAGGCACAGCUGUUGGAGGCCUAUCAUGAUAUAGAGUGUGAUACGAAGGAUCAAAUAAAAAUUUGGUAGUUUUGGGAUAUACUUCAAGCUUAUGCUGUCGUAGUGAGAAUCCUUUAGUUCCACUCCCAGUCGUGGUUCUAAGGUGAUUUAGGAUACCUGUUUUUCACUUUUGGUUUCUCUUAAACUAGUGUUCUUUUUUUACUGAUCCAUCGCCUAAUUUCAACAAUACUCUACCGUACUUCUUUUGAAAUGGAUUGGAAUUUGGACGGGCUA